AUGCUGUCUCUGUGGGCCGGGGCUAUCAUCCUUUGUGGGUAUAUAGUCAUACGCGGAUUCUUCUCGCCCCUGUCUACGAUUCCGGGUCCGUGGUAUACUCGUUUUACAAGUUUGUGGCUUAAGUAUCAGGAGUUCACUGCCAAUCGACGAGAGUCAAUUCACCGCUUGCACAAGAUCUAUGGUCCUGUCGUCCGGCUGAGUCCCAAUGAACUAUCGUUUACCAGCCUGGAUGCGAUUAAAGAGAUCUAUGCUUCGGGGGAAGUGGGUAUGACAAGACCGAGUACUAUGAUCUUUUCAGGCAGUUCAAGAUCAAGUAAGCCUUUGCACCGGAGAAAUAGCUGGCAGCCACUAAUACAAAGACUUAGGACAAUGUUUUCUACUUUAUUGAAGGACGAGCACAGCAAAAGAAAACGCAUCUUUGCCGACAGAUACGCCAUGACCAAUAUCAUGAAAGAAAAACCCAUGGCUCUUAUCCACGAACGGGCCAUGACGUUUGUAUCUAAGUGUGUCGAGGGUGGCCAAAAGAGUGUGGAUGUUUACUCUUUGCUUCACUGCUAUGCCCUGGACUGCGUUACGCAUUUCAUGUUCAGCCCCGGCGGCCUGAGAUCUCUCAACGUAGCCGAAGACUUCGAAAUCAUGCACGAACUGACCUAUCAUCAGAGUCUGCAAAAAAACCUCCUGGAGUACUAUCUCCCUUUAUUAGCACCCUAUUUCCCAAAGUUCCUCCAUGCCCGCAGCGCCCCAAAAGCAAAUCAAUAUGUCAUAGACAUGGCCGCCCAAAUCGAGCUCGACGACUACUCCUUAAUGGAAAAACUCAAGCGCAAAGAAUCUAACCUGGAACUAAUGCAAGCUGCCGCAGAAUGCAAAGACCACAUGGCAGCCGGCAUCGACACAACGGGGGAUGGCCUAUGUUUCUUAAUGUGGGAGCUCUCGCAACCUCACAAUCUCUAUUUCCAACACAACCUUUACAAGGAGCUUACCGCUGCGCCUGUCAAUGCACCCUUGGAUAGCUAUGUGUAUCUCGAUGCUGUCAUUAAAGAGGCGCUGCGGUGUGCGCCGCCUAUUCCGAUGUCACUGCCUCGCUAUGUGCCUGCUGGUGGAAGGGAGAUCGACGGGUUCUUCGUUCCAGAGCAUACUAUCGUUAGUUGUCAGCCUUAUUCGGUGCAUCGGACGAAUGAGAGUGUCUUCCCUGAGCCUGAUCGUUUCAAUCCUGAUCGGUGGCUUGUUGAAGAGGGGGCUGCUGAGAGGAAUAGGCUAUUCUUUUCGUUUGCUACAGGUGGGAGAGGGUGUACGGGGAAAAAUCUUGCGCUUGUUGAGAUGAAGACACUGCUUCGGGAAGUGUAUUCUCGUUAUCGGACGACGGUGGCCUCGGAUAUGGCUGCUUCUAUGAAGCUGGAUGAUCAGAUCAUCUCUUCGAGGCCCAAGGGGCAGAGCUGCAAGCUGGUCUUUACAGCUAUAGAGUGA